AUGAACGCAAAACUAGUGCUUCUGGUGGCGAUUUUCGGACUGUUGGUGGGGCUAGCGAGCACCCAGAGUCGGCAGAUUGGUGGAAAGGAUGUAAUCGUCCAGGAUUAUCCGUUCGUCGUGGCCAUUACGUAUCUGCGCGAGCUAUGCGGUAACGGAGCCAUCAUUCAGAAGCGUUGGAUAGUGUCGUCAGCCAGCAGCUUCUACAAUAGGCCGUUCUCGCAGUACGACGUGGCGGUGGCCACGGAUGACUUCCGUGGUGACGCCACAUGGCACGAAGUGUUGAACAUUUACAUACACCCGGAGUGGGUCGGCUUUGAACAUAACAUCGGGCUGGUGAAGCUCGUUACGGAAGUGUCAUAUUCGGUUGCGGUGCAGCCCAUCAGUAUAGCCACCAAUGACUGGAGCAGACCGCUCGAUGUGACGAUGCUGUCGUACGGUAAAAAUGAGGCCGGCUCAACGCAUCUUCGAGCGGCGACAUACACUCUCAAGACGGACCAGACCUGUCUUCAAUUGCUGCAGGACUAUAAUUCCAGAGAUGUCAUCACCCUGGGACACGGUUACUGUUUAAUUCCACCCGCAGGCACGGAACGUGGACAGUAUGUUAACGAUGCGGGUGCUCCGGUUGUCAAGGAUAAUCAGCUUUACGGACUGUUCGCGUUCUCCGAGAACUCGGGCGGUGUAAACGAUGUGUCUGUAGCAACGCGCGUCACUUUCUUCACGGAUUGGAUCGAAUCUAGCAUUGCCAGAUACAGCUAA